AUGGCCACUCUACUCCAGUACGGCCUCAUCUGGGCGUUAGCCCUUACUUCCAUGGUGUUACCUCUGGCCGCUGCCGACGCCGUCCCCAAACUCCGAAUAAUGCCCCUCGGCGACUCAAUCACAAAAGGAAACGGCUCCCCAGACAUGAACGGUUACCGCUCGAAGCUUCGCGAACUGCUCACAUCCAACAAAAACGAUUCCCGUUUCAGCGUCGACAUGAUAGGUAGUCUGCAGGAUGGCGACAUGCGAGAUAAUGACCACGAAGGGCACAGCGGGAAAUAUCUCGCCGAUAUUCAACAAUAUCUUAAACUGUCAAUCGAGGCGAAGCCAAAUCUCGUCCUGGUGCAUGCAGGGACGAAUAAUAUGGAUAAAGAAGUUGACCUUGAUAAAGCAGAUCGGUUGAUUGAGUCGAUCAUCGAUAGGCUUCUUGACGGGUCUCAGGGUGUUACAAUUCUUAUUGCACCGGUCAUCUGGGCAAAUGAUCCGCGGAUGCAGAGGAAUACAGAUGCGUAUAAUAAGAAGCUUCGUGCGAUUAUUCAACGAAGACAGGAGACGGGGCAACAUAUUCUUGAGGUUCCAAUUAGUAUUACCGUGAGUGACCUGUCUGACAAGAAACACCCGAACUCCGCUGGAUACAGCAAGAUGGCUGCGGCGUGGUACGACGGGAUUCUCGAAGCUCAAACCCGCGAAUGGAUCAAGGCUCCUGCCGCCGUCGACGCUGAUGAUCAUCCGGGGAUGGGGUUGGGCUACGGUCCUUAG